AGGACGAGUCGAUUCCAGGACCGGAAUGCGCAGCAAGCGAGACCGAGCGACGGCGCCGUCCGUGGUCGUCGUCGCCCAGCGCCGGCGCCAGAGCUGGGAGAUCAAGCUGCUAGCGCUGCAGACCUACCAGCGGCUGCGCGGCCACGUCAAGGUACCGCACUCGUUCAUCGUGCCCGACGACGACCCGGUGUGGCCACCCGACACGUGGGGCAUGAAGCUCGGGUCCGUCGCCGCCAACUUUCGCAACCGCGCCGACGCGCUCUCGCCCGAGCAAAAGGCCGCGCUCACGGAUCUCGGCUACUCGUGGAAGACGUCGGCGGUGCCAUGGGACCUCAAGGUUGCUGCGCUCGCCACGUACCGCCAGCUGCACGGCCACUCGAGCGUCCCGCUCGAGUUUGACGUCCCAUCGAACGGCAGCGCGUGGGCACAAGCGCUCUGGACGAUCAAGCUUGGCAAGGUUGUGGCGAAUAUCCGCAUCAAGGGCCAGGCCGCGCUUUCGGAAGCGCGACGCCAGCAGCUCCAGGACCUGGGCUUUGUGUGGUGCGUCCGCACGAGCCAGCUGCUCCUUGCGCAAUGGGAGACCAACAUGCAGGCGCUCGCGACGUACAAGCAACUCCACGGACACGUCCUCGUACCCGACGACUUUGUCAUCCCCGAUGCGGCGCCGUGGCCGGACAGCGUCCACGACAUCAAACUCGGGCACGUUGCGAGCCUCUUGCGCAGUGUGGAGCUGCCACCGGCGCGGCGCGACGAGCUGCGGCGCCUCGGGUUCCUCUUCAACACGAGCCUCGAGCACGAGACCUCGAUCGUGCUCGCUGGUGCAGCCACGUACCACCGGCUUUUCUGCAACGCGUCGUACGAGAUCCCAGUUGGCUUUGUCGUGCCAGCGACGGCAGCAUGGCCGGACGACCUCUGGUACCUCCCGCUCGGCGUCCUUUGGGUCCACGCCGUAGCGCGCAUCGCCGCCGACGACCUCGCGCUGCUCGCAGCUUUGCACGACGCCGGUGUCUACUACGAACCGCGAGCGACGGCGCACCGGGUCCUCGCCGCGAUCGACGCCUUCGCCGCGCGUCAUGGCCACGUGAACGUCCCGUCGUCGUACUUCAUUCCGACGCACAGCGACGAGUGGCCGCGCGACGUCGGUGGCAUGGACCUCGGGCGCCAAGUCGCGCUUCUUCGCGCCGACCGGUCGUCGGUGCCACGCGACGUGUGCGACCGCCUCCAAGCGCUCAGCUUUCGCUGGACGGACGACGCGUGGGCCGACGAUGACGUUGCUGCCGCCUAUGACGUCUACGAGCAACUUUGCGGUCACCGCGUCCUCGGGCCGACGUUUACUGUGCCGGAAGGCGACCUGCGCUGGCCGACCGCGCUCUGGAACCUACCCCUCGGGAGACUGCGCUUCGUGCAAAUGCCCGAGAUCGAUGCUCGCUGGUUCCGCGGGCUCCAAGCGUAUUGCGCCGUCUUUGGCCACGUAAAUGUGCCGCCGCACUACACGGUACCGUCGGGAUCUGCGGCUUGGCCGACCGACCUCUGGGGCGUCGACCUCGGCGCGUGCGUCGACGGCUUGCGCGCUGGCCACGUGCGUGUGACGCGCGACCGCUUCAAGUGGCUCAACGAGCAUGUUUUUGACGCGGGCGAGACCUAACCCUCGUCGGCCUAUUUAUUACACUAACCCUGUAAAUACUAAUACACUACGACAGCACACCGAGCGCUUCGACGAUCGCCCACUCGGUGGGGAGCAA